AUGAUAGGGUUCCCUCUCCCAGAGCGGUACAAGGACACAGAGGAGCAGAAGCAGAGGCUCCAGCGCAGCCUCCUGUGCAAGGACAGGCCUGGACGCGGCGGCAACCGACGUGAAGCGCUUCGCCCGGCUCAAGGAGCAGCUCGCUAUCUACCGCGAGAUCGGCCGAGCAACUGCCUGCACAAGGACAUCGGCUACCAGGGCAUGGUCUAUCUGGAACCAGAGAGCCCCUACAUACGGCUGGUCCGGCCGUUCGUCGAGAAGAAGCAGCGCGACGGCCUCGACUUCUGGGUCUGCACCGACAAGAGCGGCGUCGAUGGCGCCGUGUACACGCCAUUCAUCGUGGAGCUCAAGGAGGCGGUGCCGGAGCCCUUGCGGAGGAGGAAGUACCCGGCUGGGAGCUCGCCGAGCUAUUCCGCGAUAAGACGGAGGCGGAUUUAG